AUGGCGGAGGCAGCCGCGCUUCGAGCGCCCGCGGCGGACACAGAAAUGGGCGAUGCAGGAAAUGUCGAGCACACCCUGGGAGCCUCCACAGACCCACCUUCGAUACCAACACUCGAUGGCUGGAUCGAAAGCUUGAUGACCUGCAAACAGCUGAGCGAGGAAGACGUGCGAAGACUGUGUGAAAAGGCUCGUGAAGUGCUGCAAGACGAGAGUAAUGUACAGCCAGUGAAAUGCCCCGUCACAGUUUGCGGCGACAUCCAUGGUCAGUUUCACGACCUGAUGGAGCUCUUCAAAAUCGGCGGUCCGAAUCCAGAUACCAACUACCUCUUCAUGGGCGACUAUGUAGACCGCGGCUACUUCUCCGUUGAGACAGUCACACUCCUCGUGGCACUCAAGAUCCGCUACCCACAACGCAUCACCAUCCUGCGCGGCAACCACGAAUCCCGCCAAAUCACCCAAGUCUACGGCUUCUACGACGAAUGCCUGCGCAAAUACGGCAACGCCAACGUCUGGAAAUUCUUCACCGACCUCUUCGAUUACCUGCCCCUGACGGCCCUGAUCGACAACCAGAUCUUCUGCUUGCACGGCGGCCUCUCGCCUUCCAUCGACACGCUGGACAAUAUCCGGGCGUUGGAUAGGAUACAAGAGGUGCCUCAUGAGGGCCCGAUGUGUGAUCUGUUGUGGAGUGACCCAGAUGAUAGGUGUGGGUGGGGGAUUUCUCCCAGAGGUGCCGGGUAUACCUUCGGUCAGGACAUUAGCGAGGCGUUCAACCAUAACAAUGGUUUGACGCUAGUUGCUCGUGCGCAUCAAUUGGUUAUGGAGGGGUAUAAUUGGAGUCAGGACCGGAAUGUUGUUACUAUCUUUUCGGCACCGAACUACUGCUACAGAUGCGGUAACCAAGCCGCUAUCAUGGAGAUUGAUGAGCACCUAAAGUACACCUUCCUUCAAUUCGACCCCUGUCCUCGUGCCGGCGAGCCGAUGGUCUCGAGAAGGACACCAGACUACUUCUUGUAG